AUGCGUGAUGCCAGACCACAAUCUCCACAAAUGAUGUCUCCAGUAACACCACCACCAGUUCAACUCGUGACGCCAGUCAUGGGCCCACCUGGGCGUAGUCUCUCCACCAGUAAAAUACCAGCAUCAUCACCGCAACGAUCAGCAUCACAACAUGAUGUGUCUCAUAGCAGUAACAACCACAAUAGCAGCAACGCCAGUAACCUAGUACGAGCUAGAUCUACAGGCCAUGAUGCUUUAACAACGGUAGAUGUCGAAGCUCUUCGGAGAAUGUCGGAUCCAAAUGUUGGAUUGAUUCCAGCGCGACGACAGUCUAGUCUAUCAUUAAGAGGGUUUACGGAUGCCGAAUAUCAAUCUGGCAAUUCGUUAAUCAGUAGUAGUAGUAACGGUAGCAGUGGUAACAAUGGCUCGCCACCAUCAUAUCAACCAUUACAACGAGACUCGACUCGUGGUAUUGAUCGGCAUCUAGACAACAAUUAUCGAGUAUAUAAUAAAGAGGCAGCUGCUGCUGCGUAUAAGGAAGCCAUGUAUGCCAGCUCUAUGGGCGGAAUCAAAGAAUACAAGGAUGCAUAUAAUAGUAACAACAACAAUACCAACAACAAUUAUAACAGCAUGGAUGCAUACAAGUCUGGAGACAUGACCUACAAUCAUAACUCAAAAGACCAUCAAGAUACAUUUGCAUACAGUAACAAUAGCAACAACACCAACAACUAUAACGAUGGAUAUGUAGACGCAUCGUCUCCACCCCACGAAUACCUCGUCGACGAACUAGAAUCAAACCUCGCCAACCUGGGCAUAUCACCCCAAUCCCAAACAUCAGGCCUAUCAUCAUCAGCAAUCUCAUCGCCCUCAUCAACCACAUCAGCAUACAGCACUAGUGGUACCGGCAACAGUAACGGCGUCCCGCUACCAACCCCAUCACCAUCCCCAUCACGAGUCCUCAACAAUAUGCAGCAAUCCCAACAACAACAACAGCAUAACAGUGUAUCAUCAUCAGCAUCGUCAUCGCCAUCAUCGUCAUCGCUCCUCGCUGAAGAAGCUCGAGAGGCAGAUGUACCUGUAUAUGACAACCGACGGAUACGCAGUCGAACCGCGCCGUUGAAACAGCAUGAUCUGUUGGUAUCGCCCCCACGCCGUACGAGUGAGAGACGCAGAACUGAGAGUUACAGUGAGGCGAAUGAAGAGUAUGGGGGUGAUGAACCUGAGGUUAUUGAUAUAAAUAAUGAGGAGAGUGGUGGAAAUGGUGGGGAGGGAGAUGAUGGGUUGGAGGAGAGGACACGGUUGCGUGUUUUUCAACUAAUCUCGUAG